UUUUGUUAGUGGGCGGAGAUUGGGGUGAACUCACUAUCGAUACCAAGGGGAGGACGGACGUCUCUCGAUUCGACGAACCGAACCUUGCCUUUAGCGGAACCGCCGGUUUUUUCCAUACGCGCUCUGUCCCAUUGAGAGGAGAGCAAGGAAGAGGCCUUCGGGACGUCCCAAGCAGACGGGUGGCUACCUACCCUCCUGCUUUUUCUCACACACCCCCACACGGGCCAGAGGUGGCCCAUUCCAAAGAGCGCGUUCAUCUCCUAAGCAGCGCUCUGGGCGGGGGGGUGGGUGGGGGUACCCGGCAGCGGGCGGGGUGAUCCGGGGCUUCGCGGGUCUUCUUGAAUCCUCGAGCUCAGAAGCCGAAGCGGCUGCAUUGCCGGAAGCUAUCAUGGCGAAGGAGGAAGACAAGGGCGAGAUGAAGGUCCCCGAGGAGAUGUUCAAGGAUGUCAAGUUCUUCGUGGUGGGAGACAUCGACUCCAAGGUUAUUCAACUUCUGAAAGAUGGGAAGGCAAAGGAAGUUUCCUAUAAUGCCCUAGCUUCACACAUCAUUUCAGAAGAUGGGGAUAAUCCAGAAGUUGGUGAAUCUCGUGAAGUGUUUGAUCUUCCAGUAGUAAAACCUUCCUGGGUGACUUUGUCUGUUCAGUGUGGCGCUCUUCUGCCAGUAAAUGGCUUUUCCCCAGAAUCCUGUCAGAUCUUUUUUGGAGUUGCUGCUUGUCUGUCUCAGGUUUCCUCUGAAGAUCGGAAUACGUUGUGGGCUUUGAUUACAUUUUAUGGUGGAGAUUGCCGUUUGAGCCUCAAUAAAAAAUGUACUCAUUUGAUUGUGCCUGAACCAAAAGGGGAAAAAUACGAAAGUGCCAGUAGACGAGAGAACAUUAAAAUUGUGACACCUGACUGGAUUCUAGAUUCUAUAUCUGAUAAAACCAAAAAAGAUGAGGUUCCCUAUCACCCCCGUUUAGUAAUCUAUGAGGAAGAAGAGGAAGAGGAGGAGGAGGAGGAAGAAAAUGAAGAACAGGAUUCUCAAAAUGAAGGGAGUACUUAUGAAAAGUUAUCAAGUCCACCAUCUUCUCAAGAAGGGUCUCCUUUGGGCAAUCGAACUUUUUCUCCUAAGUCUAUUGAUGCUGACAGAAACAAAGGAGAACUUAUGUUUGAUGAUUCAUCAGAUUCCUCUCCUGAAAAGCAUGAAAGAAAUUUGAACUGGACCACAGCUGAAGUUCCACAGACUGUUGCCAGAAAGCACACGUUGACUCCAGGCAAGGACUCUGGGUUGAUUAAUUUGUGUGCCAAUGUACCACCUGUCCCAGGCAAUAUUUUGUCACCUGAUAUCAGAAACAAUAUGAUGGCUUCGGUACAAACUCCGCAAAGUUCUGGACAUUCUGAAAUGAUGGCAACAUGGAGUCCUGCAGUCCGGACACUAAGAAAUAUUACCAAUAACGCUGAUAUUCAGCAGGUUAAUAGACAAUCAAAUGUAGCACAUAUCUUGCAGUCACUUUCAGCACCCACAAAAACUUUGGAGCCACAGAUAAACCACAACCAACAGGGGCAUCCCAAUGCAGUCUUGCUUAGCCAGGUCAAACUGGCCCCGGAAACACGCUUAGUGCAGCCUCCUCCUCCUCCUCAACAUCACCAGCCUCAGCAACCGCCACCACCUCCUCCGCCUCCUCCGCAGCAGCAGCAGCAGCAGCAGCAGCAGCAGCAGCAGCAUCACCAUCUCUUGCAUCUCCAAGCUCAGCAGCUCUUGCAGCUGCAGCAACAAUCCCAGCCGCCACAGGCUCAGAUUCCCCAACCGCCUUUCCCACAGCAGCCGCAUCAGUUUGCCCAACAGCAGCAAGUCCAUCAACACCAGUUUUCUCAGCAGCCGCAACAGCAGCAGCAGCCGCAGCUGCAGCCACAGCAGCUCCCCUUCCCUUCCCAACUGGUACACUCCCAGCAACAAAUGCACCGCCCACCACAACCCAGCCCAUUUCAGCAGCAGCAGUUGCAUCGGUUGCAACAGCAGCACCUGCAGCAGCAGCAGCGGCAGCAGCAAUUGCAGCUUCAGCAGCAAAACCUUCAGCAGUUACAGCAGCAGCAGCAGCAGCAACAGCAACUCCAGCAGCAACAACUCCAGCAGCAGCACUUGCAACAAAUGCAGCAGCAGCAAAUGCAAAUGCAAAUGCAAAAUCAGACACCACAACACUUGACUCCAACAUCUCAGACGCUACACCAUCAAGUUCCAAUUCAGGCCCCACAGAAUCCCCAGCAGCAACAGCUGCAGCAGCAGCAUCAACUGUAUGGACAUGACCCAUCUGUAGAAGUUCCUGAAGAAUAUUUCUUACUGGGUUGUGUCUUUGCAAUUGCUGAUUACCCUGAACAGAUCUCUGAUAAACAACUGUUGGCAACUUGGAAAAGGGUAAUCCAGAUUCAUGGUGGUACAGUUGAUCCUACACUUACAAGCCGAUGUACCCAUCUUCUUUGUGAAAGUCAACUUAGUAAUAUGUAUGCACAGGCUUUGAAAGAAAGGAAAAGAUGCAUCACUGCCCACUGGCUGAAUUCUGUGCUAAAAAAGAAGAAAAUGGUACCACCCCAUCGAGCUCUUCAUUUUCCUGUAGCAUUUCCACCCGGAGGAAAACCAUGUUCUCAGCAUAUAAUUGCUGUAACAGGUUUUGUGGAUGGUGACAGAGUUGAUCUCAAGUUGAUGACUUACCUAGCAGGAGCAAAAUAUACAGGGUAUCUUUGUCGCAGUAACACCAUCCUUAUCUGUAAAGCGCCAACUGGCGUGAAGUAUGAAAAGGCCAAAGAGUGGAGGAUACCUUGCGUUAAUGUACAAUGGCUGUGUGACAUCUUACUUGGGAAUUUUGAAGCUUUGCGGCAAACGCAGCACAAUCGGUACACAGUUUUCAGUCUUCAAGAACCCUUUGCUCCUAAUCAGCAUCUGGUUCCAAACCUCCUUGAUGCUUGGAGGGUGCCUUUAAAGGUGUCACCUGAACUUCAAAUGAAUGUGAGAUUACCGCUUAAACCAAAGCAGAAUGAAACAGUAAUUCAACCUUCAAUCAAGAAGCCAAGAAUCGAAGACUUGCCAACACCUACGAAAAAACUGCCACCAGAACUGACACCAGUGAUUCUUUUUACAGGAUUUGAGCCUGCUCAAGUACAUCAGUACAUAAAGAAAGUCUAUAUUCUUGGAGGUGACAUAGCAGAGUCUGCUCAGAAGUGUACCCAUGUGAUAGCUAGUAAAGUAACCCGCACUGUAAAAUUCCUGACAGCAGUUUCAGUUGCAAAACAUAUUGUAACACCGGAAUGGUUGGAAGAAUGUUUCAAGUGUCAGAAAUUUAUAGAAGAACAAAGCUACAUGCUCCGAGAUGCAGAGGCUGAAGUCCUUUUCUGCUUCAGUUUGGAAGAAUCUCUAAAGAGAGCACAUGCGGCACCUCUCUUUAAGGGGAAAUAUUUCUAUAUUACUCCUGGAAUUUGUCCUAGCCUAUAUACUAUGAAAUUGAUUGUGGAGUCGGCUGGUGGCAAGUUAUUAUCUAAACAACCUUCUUUCAGAACAGUUAUGGAACACAAACAAAAUAAGAGCUUGUCAGAGAUUAUCCUUAUCGCUUGUGAAAAUGAUCUACACUUAUGUCGAGAAUACUUUACCAGGAACAUAGAUGUCCACAGUGCAGAAUUUGUUCUGACUGGAGUCCUUACUCAAACACUGGAUUAUGAUUCAUAUCCUUUUGUAUGCCACCUCCCUCCUUAAAUAUUACACUGAUUUCUGCAAGAACGCCAAGCUCAAUGAAAUAGGCUUGGUUUUCGGUGGUUGUCAUAAUGGAUAUUGUGUAAAAUAGAUAUAUUCAGACUGGAAAUUAUAAUGCAUUACAAGUAAUCCUUGAGAUAUGACCAUAAUGGAACCUGCCAUUAGGAUCUCAUACUACAAUGGCCAUUAAGCAAAAUUACUCCAUCCCUGCUCUCCCUGAUGCAGUUGUUAAAUGAAUGUGCAGGUCAUUAAGUGGGUCACAGGAUCUCUGGGGUGGAGGAGACCCUUGGAAGCCUAGCACUGGACCAGGUCCACCUGCCCCAGGUGUCCCAAAGAUCUACAUAGUAAUCAUUCCUCCUAUUUUCCCCCCAUAAUAAUAACCCCAUGAGGUGGGUUGGGCUGAGAGAGACUGUCUGCCCCAAAAUCACCCAGGUGUUUUCGUGCCUAAGGCAGGAAUGGAACCCACUGUCUCCUGGUGAUUGACCCAAAGUCAUCCUGCCAUUUUGAUGGCUAAAGCAGGACUAGAACUUACAAUCUCCUGGUUUCUAGCCUGGUGUUUUAACCACUAGACCAAACUGGUUUAUGCUAUUACUUAACAUAAUGGCAUAUGUGAUGAAGCAUAAUGAUAUCAAAAUGAUGAUAUGGCAUGGUGACGUUAUGAGACAAAAUGCUGAAAUUAUGUACUUCUAUCAUAACUUGAUGUUGUCAGAAAUACCAUAUUUUUCGGAGUAUAAGAUGCUCCGGAUUAUAAAAUGUACCUAUCUUUUUUCGGAAGGAAAACAAGAAAAAAAAAUGUGCCUCUGCCUCCCAGCAAUCUGCCUCCUUGCAGCAAACAGUAAACAGUGGAGGCUAAAAAUGGUGUGCGCGGAGACAGCAAUAGGCAAUGGCAAUCCCUGUAGCCUGAAACAGCUGAUGGUCGGGUGGCCGAUCCAACCGACAAUCAGCUGCUUGGGCUAAUCAGGCUGUACUGAAGCUGAAACUGAAACGGGCUGUUUGCUGUUUCCUGCAAGGAGGCAAAUUGCUGGGAGGCAGAGGCAGAUGGGCGGGGCUACAUUUGAUGUAUAUGAAGCACCAAAAUUUUCACCCUCUUUGUGGACGGGGGAAGGUGCGUAUUAUACUCCAAAAAAUACGGUAAGUUUUUGUUUUUGUUUUUUGUUUGCAUUUAUAUCCCGCCCUUCUCCGAAGACUCAGGGCGGCUUACACUAUGUCAAGCAAUAGUCUUCAUCCAUUUGUAUACUAUAUACAAAGUCAACUUAUUGCCCCCAACAAUCUGGGUCCUCAUUUUACCUACCUUAUAAAGGAUGGAAGGCUGAGUCAACCUUGGGCCUGGUGGGGCUUGAACCUGCAAUAUUGCAAGCAGUUGCUGUUAAUAAUAGGCUGCAUUAGCCUGUUGCGCCACCAGAGGCCCAAAGAGAUUUGCCUCACUUGUCUCAGGUAGUUGAGGCUUGUUUAAACAAGUUGAUUCAUCUAUAUCUAUCAUCUGUCUAUCUAUAUCUAUCAUCUAUUUUGACAGUGAAUUUUUUCCUUAACCA